AUGUCAGCAGCUAUCGUUCUACAACUUCAAAUAGUGAAAUUCAGCAAAAGAAAAACAAUGCUGAACGAUGAAGAAAGGAAACCAAAAGACUAUUAUAACAUUGUUUAUCUAAUUACAAUGCUUCAUGGAAUCGGCAUAUUAAUUCCAUGGAAUAUGUUUAUCACUAUCGCACCUUCCUACUUCGUUGGUUAUAAACUGUUAAUUACCGAUAGCGAUGGAGUGAAACACGAAACGAAAUAUUCAUUAAAUUUCUUUAGUUAUAUUGGAGUUUGUUCGCAGUUACCCAAUCUUCUGCUAAGCUUUCUCAAUAUAUUCGUUCAAAUAAAAGGAGGUCUUCAGCGAAGAAUUAUUGUUUCACUUAUUGUCAUCGGUACAUUAUGCCUAAUAACUGUAAUUUUCGCCUUAAUUGAUACGUCGUCAAUGGUGGCGGCAUUUUUCUUCAUCACAAUAUUCACUGUCGUUUUGUUGAAUGCAGCGACUGGAAUAUAUCAGAAUUCAUUGUAUGGAAUUGUUGCUUCAUUUCCGCCACGUUUCACGAAUGCAAUUGUUCUCGGCAAUAAUGUUUGUGGAUUGUUUGUUUCUAUUGUUAAUAUUAUAACACUCGUCGCUUCAAAUUCGAUUCAAAAUGCAGCGGUGGCAUAUUUCAGUAUUGCACUUUUCACCAUUAUUGCUUGUUUUGUAUCCUUCAUUAUGCUUCCUAAAUUCGUGAGUGGUUGCGACGUCUUUUCCUCUUUAGGUCUAGACUGUCAACUUCGAUAUUUGGAAUCAUUCUUGCUGGAAUUCUAUAACUAUUAUAUUGCAAAAUCGGAAAUCGAAUCUUUGGAUGAGGAUUUAAUCAAUAAAAAUCAGACGAAGUGGCAGAUAUAUUGUGCUGUUUUGAAGAAGAUAUGGGUGCAAUGUUUCAAUGUUUUUUUUGUAUUUUUUGUGACACUCGCCAUCUUUCCUGCAAUAAUGGCUGAUGUUCGGCUUUGGAGAAGUGAUGGUGUUUAUGAUUUUUUCAUUCCUGAAUUUUUGUUCACACCUAUUACAACAUUUCUGUUAUUCAAUACAUUGGCUAGCAUUGGCUCUGCUUUUGCUAGUUUUGUACAGUGGCCUAGCCCAAGAUAUUUGGUGAUACCUGUUGUACUACGUUUACUCUUGUUACCUGCGAUGAUGUUUUGCAAUUAUCGUCCAAAUCUCCGAACUUGGCCAGUGCUUAUUACCAAUGAAUAUAUCUAUUUUGCGUUAGGGCUUGUCAUGUCAUUUACUUGCGGUUAUUUCAGUUCUUUGGCGAUGAUGUAUGCACCAAGACUCGUUGAAAAAUCGAAAGCAUCGAUCGCUGGGAUGAUAUCGGCAUUCUUUCUCAUAUUUGAUCAAGGUGUUAUUGCAGUUACUAGAGUUUUCUGUGGAAUAGCUUCAACAUUUGCAAUUUCAUACUUCACAGACCAUAUGGGCCCGCAGGAACGAAUUCAACAACCAUGA